AAUACGAAAACAUCAUGAAGUUUGCUCACUGCUUCCCCAUCGGGACGGUCAUCUUUUAAAUGCAGUUACAUCGAAAGAGAGAGUCGCUCUCCACACGAAAUGCGAUGAAACGAUCAGUACACACUGACGGUGUAUGAAAGGGUCAAUACUACAGACUGACCUGCAGAUUUUUCAUGGCUGCACUAGUAGCUGAGGUAACUCGUGUCGAUAAACUGACUGAAAAGUUUGGAAGACAGCGGAUCGAUGAGGGUUUAGUUUACGGAGCUGAAAAAAUUGGUUCGCAGCUUGCUGCAAACAACAGCGCUAGCGAUGUAGCGUUCACCGAACACCACAGAGCUUGGCUUAUCUGCGAAAGGCCGCUCGUAAGAGGCAAACCUGAAAGACGCAAGGGUCAAGCAAAUAAGCCGCGCGGCGCAAGUCGCAAUUUGCCGCAUCUUACUCACAGGAAAUCGCCUCCGCUUGUCAGUGAGGUACGCAUCAUUAAGGUUCGAAACAGCAAACGGGGUUUAAGUCAAAGUCAGAACUCAUCGGAAAGGGAAGAUGAAAGCAGAUUCGACAAAGAUAGGUUGUAUAUUUCUCUUGGAGGGAGCGACGAAGGAUUUGACUUAUCUAGCUCAAGUGAUGAUGAAGUGCGAGAGUUCUAUUCGUGCAAAACCGAACUUUUGGAAGCGAACUCUGAUGAAAACUUAGACGUUGCGGAAAAACAUUCCAUUCGGCUACCAGACUUGGUCAAAGAUCAAAGUGACAAAGAGGCCAGGAGGAAAAGAAACAAAAUUUACCGUGGUAGUUUGAAAAAGAAACUCAAAGUUUCCCGACCUAGUCUAGAUCUGGAGAAAAUGCUCGCAAGAAGGAUGGAAGACACUAGAUCUGAUAAAGGACCGGAAAACAUAUUCCAUCCAAUUCAUCAGAUGUAGAAUUCGAACAGGGAAAUUUUCGCCAAACAAUAACAGGGCUAUUGUAAUUCAUUGGCGAAUUUAUACGGUUAUCUACAAAGAUUCUUUCCUUUCGAAGCCGAGCACCAAUAGGUUUUAAAUAAAGUUCAAUAGGAAGACUCGAUUGAAUUGAAAAUUCUCCAGCAUUUGGCUUAGAUCAAAAGAAAACAUAUGUAAAACAUGGAAGCGCUUUUUUGAAAGUACAAGCACAAAA